CGGUCAGAGACUCUCUGACUCUAUCAGCACUUGCAUCUUUUGUACCUGACGGCAGUUAACCUGAACGCAGCUCGCAGGUGAUUUUUUUUUCAGGCGGCAGAGACAUCUGGGAUCUCUCUCCAGGAUGGAGUCCCUGUGGAAGUGUCCACCUCUCCUCCUCCUCCUCCACCUCCACCUCGCUCUAUGGAGUUGCUGCAGUGGUCAACGCGUCAAAUACGUAUCUCCACACAUAGGAAGCAUCAAUGGAGCAACAAGACUCACCAUUUCAGGAGAUGGUUUUGCCCAGGAGAGACAGUUCCAGCUGAACCCUGAAGACGACACGUUCGGAAACCGAGUGACCCUCGUGUCCGACACCCUGUCAGUCCCCUGUGACGUGGAGAGGGACUCCACGCACGGGAACCAGAUCCUGUGUUACACCAGAGCCAUGCCUGAGGGCCAGUACGUGGUCCACGUCAGCGUGGACGGCGUUCCCAUUCCUGACAGCAAGAUCUGCAACGGCGCACACAAACCGUACCACUGCAGCUUUUAUACUGUCAUAUACCGCACGCCUAUCAUCCAGUCCAUGAGCCCGUUCACCGGUCCCCCAGGCACAGAGGUGACGGUGCGAGGCCGGAUGUACAGCGACGUCUACGGGAGCAACACGGACAAGAGCUCAAACGGCCUCAACGUCAGAUUUCUGAGAGCCUACAUGGGGGGAAUGCCCUGUGAGCUGCUGAAGCCGAAUUCAGACGAGCUGUACAACCUGCGACUGGAUUCUGAAAGUUCUCACUGGGGAUACAUGACGUGCAAAAUGACGGGGACGUAUGUUGGUCAUCACAACCUGAGCUACAUUCUCGAUUCGGAGUUUGGAAGGAGUUUAACCGAGAAGAAGGCGUACAGGGUUUCAUCUUUGGGCAAACUCUCCAUGUUCCAGACGUACGCAGAGGUGACGGGAGUCUCUCCGGCGAAGGGCAGCGUCAUGGGCGGGACGCUGGUGACCGUGCACGGGCGCUACUUCGACCAAACCGACGAACCGGCGCGCGUUCUCGUCGGAGGUCUGCCUUGUGAAAUCCAGAGCGUGGCCGAUGACAGGAUUAUAUGCAAGACUGACAAACAGAUGGACAACAACGACAACCCGACCGUCUACCCAGGCGGCCGAGGCUUGAAGGUUGAGGUGUGGAACAACACGAAACCCCGCUACCUGACCGACAUCCGGGACUACAACGAGAACACAACUGGAUACUGGUCGCAGUGGAUCGACUCCAUGGAGCACUACUUCGUACGUGAAGCGGAUUAUUUCAGCACGCGGACCACGGGCUUCUUUGUGCCUCCGGCCAGCGGCAGGUUCAAUAUUUACCUCAACUGCGACGACCGAUGCGAGCUCUACCUCAGCAACUCCAGCCGGCCGGAGCACAAGGUCAAAGUAGCAUUUCAGCCGCAAUACGUCUCAGACUACACGAAGCUGGAGUCGCAGAAGUCGGAGGUGAUGGUUCUGGAGAAAGGGAAACCCUACUACCUGGAGAUCCUGCAUCAAGAAUACAGCGGCGCAGCCCGGAUCAACCUGGCCUUGUUCCAGGAGGAGAGCUCCUUCACGGAGGACCAGACCAACGACGCGGUCAACGAAGUCCAGCACAUCCUGGCUGAUUACGACGUGUUUGACGAGGAGCAGGUGGUCACCUUUGACGCGUGGCCCACUAAUAGCGUCUCUGCGAUCCAUGAGGUCCAGAAGGUGAGCGUCAGCAGCAGCUGUGCCAGCCAUCUUUGUGGGACCACCUUCUUCAGCCUCAGCUACGGAGACGCCAAGACUGGACCAAUUCCCGUCUCCGCCUCAGCUGACGUGGUGGAACUGGCCUUGAACAACCUGUGGUCCAUCAAACCCGACACGGUCCAGGUCUCCAAGCAGGAGGACGGUCCAGUGUCUCACUACACGGUCACGUUCAAGUCUGACAGAGGUGACUUCAGACCUCUUCACUACGAGGUUUUUGCCGCAGACACCAACAUCACUGUUACCGAGGUUACCAAGGGGAGAGGCAGCAUGGAGACGUUCACUCUGCUGUGGGGGGGAAUCCCUACGAAGCCCAUCGCCUUCAACGCAACCGAGUCUGAGGUCCAGGAAGCUCUGGAAGACAUGAUGAAGGCCGAGUGUCCCGGAGAGAUCCAGACCACUGAAGGCACCGACGUGAAAUACUUCAAUGACUUCGAAGGCGACAACUCUCAGUUUGAUAACGGAAAGAAAGGGACGCCCGUCGGUCACUCUGGUUUCUGUGGAACGUCGUCGCUGAAGAACGCGGAGAUUCUUUUCAUGGAAAGCUUCACCAAAGCGUCCGGAGGCACCUACGGACCUGUUUCCCUGGACCAGCACCCUGUGCUGUGCUUUGCGUACAAGGGAGCGCUGAGGAACGAAGUUGGAAUGAAGUUCACUUACCGCAACACCCAGGGCCAAACCUUGACACAGACGGCAAAGAUCAACACUGUCUUCGCUAAAGGCCCCAUGUGGAGUUACAAAUGUUUGGACAUGGAGAGUCUUCUGCAGACGGAUUACGUCGGGAGCAGAUACAGCCUGCUGGAGUUUUACCUCUACAAAGACGUCGCUGAUGAGGAUUUCUACGUGGAUGCCGUUCACAUCGGAAAGAGACCCACCACUAAUGACGACAACGCCGUUCUCCACAAAAGGAGGCCCCCUCCUUUCGAGAGCGCCGGUCUGUCCUUCGAGUCGAUCGCCGUCAGCAAAGACGCUUCGACCGUGUCGCAGAUCAGCUACGAGAUCAGAGCCACGCCCGUCGAGUGCGGGAUCGGGUUCCCACUCAUAAAUGUCGCCUUCCUUCAGGCGUCCAACGAGAGCGAGGACGGCGCCGAGUUCAGGGAGGGAGCAGCCACCGUCACCGUCGCCCGCCCCCACAGAGCCACCCCUCCCCUCAACGGCACCUUUGACGUGGAGAUUUACGGAGGCCGGGCUGAAGGUCUGUCCGUGGACAUCAGCGAGGAGGACCUGAAGUACGCUCUGGAGGGAAUCGAAGGGAUGGGCAAAGUCACGGUGUCGCAGCGGGGAACCUGCAGACGCCCCAAGUGGAGAGUGGAGUGGGUCACAAAGCCCGGAGACCAGCCUCUGAUCCAGGUCGACUACUCGUCAGUCGUGGGCGACAACGCCGUCGUUUCAGCCCGUGAGGCCACAAAGGGAGGACUGCUGUACCAGAAGCUGUCGGGCGAUUUCUUCCGCUACGUGAAAAACAAACCACAGGUGGAGGUUUUCAUUAACGGCAUCCCCUCCAGCUGUUCCGGUAACUGUGACUUUGAGUGGGUGGAGGAGAAAACUCCAGUGGUCACUGGAAUCAGCCCGUCUCAAGGAUCUAACGGUCUGGGAACUCUCCUGACUAUAACUGGAACCGGCUUCAGCAAUGAAAAUGCUUCCAUCCUGGUGGGAGAAGCCCGGUGCCAUGUUGAAACCAUCACAGCUACCUCUCAGGUUUGCAAACUGAGCAGCGCCAGUGCUGGUACGUACCCGGUGUCCGUCAGCUUCCCGUCUCUGGGAGACUCGCGCUUCGCUGGCGGCGACGUCCUCCUCUUCACCUACCAGCUCAUCGUCUCCUCGUUCUCACCGCUGUCUGGAAGCACCGCAGGAGGCACCUUGCUGACAGUGAGAGGCUUCGGCUUCGGCCCCAACGCCACGGUUACCGUCGGCAACGAGGAGUGUACCGUGGUCCAAGCCACCGACACGGAGCUGAAAUGCAGAACACCAGCAGGAGCUGCAGGAUCUGAGGCCGUCACAGUGAUGAUGGGAAACAUGAGUAAAACGGCCGGAAGCUCCUUCACCUACGACAAUAACCUUACACCCCAGAUCUCAGGCCUGAGCCCCCAGACUACCACCGUGACCGGACGUCGGGUUCUCACCGUCCAGGGUUCGAACCUCGGAGGCCAGAGCGACGGCAGCGGCGUGUUCGUGGGAACGGAGGAGUGCGUCACGGUGGAGUGGACGCCCACCAACGUCACCUGUCUCCUCCCCGUGCUGCCCCCCGGCGUGUACAGGGUGGACGUGCAGGUCGGGAACAGCGGCUUCCCACAGACCAGCAACGGUGUGAACGCGACCAUUGAAUACAUCCUGGAGGUCCACAGCGUCUCCCCGUCCUUCGGCUCCUUGAUGGGAGGAACCAGGCUGACGGUUUCUGGCUCCGGAUUCAGCAGCAACGCGACGGACAACAAAGUGUCCAUUGGAGGAGCUGUGUGCGAAGUGACGUCCGCCUCGGAGAACGAACUGCAGUGCAUCGUGCAGUCGGAGGAGAAGACGCACGUCGUCACCAACCAGGGAUCUGAUCUGACUUACGGCGAGGGGUACGCGUGGAGUCCUGCCACGCUCACCGUGUACGUGGGCGACGUGGUCACGUGGCGCUGGGAGGCGCCGGCCUUCCAGAGCGUCGGGUACCAGGUGUUCAGCGUGUCCAGCCCGAGUGGCACCACGUACGAGGGGGGGCCGCUCAACAGCGGGGGAACCAAGACGGCCAAAGGGUUUUUCAGCUACCGUUUCACCGUUCCCGGCGAGUUCUACUACAGCAGCGGCUACAUAGACGACGUCAACGCCCGGAAGCUGCAGGGAGUGGUGAAGGUCAAGAGUCGGGAGGAGAAGAGCAGCCGGGUCCUCGUCAGAGUGGGAGGCGUUGAGGCCAGACUAGUGGCAGGAGGUCCGCGCCGUGUCUCCAGAGAAGCACAGCAGUGCGUCGCCUCGUCACGGUGCCAGCAGACCAACGAGACUUCAGACGGCCUUUCCUUCACCACCUCCGCCUGUUCCACCACCACGGUCCACUCCAUCUCCCCCAACCAGGGCUCAUACCACCAAGUGAUCCUCAUCCAGGGCCAAGGCUUCAGCGACGUCGCCUGCGCUAACGAGGUGACGGUGGGCGAUCAGCCCUGUCAGGUGAUCAACAGCUCUCACUCUGAGAUCAGAUGUCAGCUCCACCCCGGCGCCGUGCUUCCCAUCGGCGUCGCUCUCCCCGUGGCCGUCAGCGUCAAAAACCUGGGCAGCGCCAUCAUCUCCAUCCAGGACGAGUUCGCCCGCCGCUUCGUGGUCCUGCCCGUGGUCGACUCGCUGUCGCCGCCCAUCGGCAGCACCACCGGCCACACCAGGCUCCUGGUCCACGGCUCCGGUUUCUCUGAGGGAACAGUGACUGUGGCCGGGGAGCCCUGCCACGUGCUCUCGGUCAACUACACCUGCAUCACCUGCGACACUUCUCCCUCUGAGCCGCACACCGGCGACGUCGCCUUCCACAUGGGCCACAUCCAGAGCUCCUGCCAUUCAAACUGCUCCUUCGUGUACUCCGCCUCCAUCAUUCCCACAGUCACCGGCAUCUCCCCCGACAGCAUUGACGAUCUCACCCUGGUGAACGUCUCUGGCUCAGGGUUUGGCAGCCGCCUGGACGAUGUGGCCGUUUUCGCCGGCGCCGCAGAGCUAGAGGUGACCGACGUCGCGGACGGCAGCGUCACGGUGAGAGUCGUCGCGUUGCCCGCAGGCGACCACCCGAUCAAAGUGAUCGUGAGGAGCAAGGGCCUCGCGUCCGGUCUCGUCACCCUGAACAGCCGAGCCCAAGCCUCCCUCAGCCCCGACGUGGGCAGCCUGUCCGGAGGGACCCCGCUCGUCUUCGUGGGAAACGGCUUCGCCCCGGGGAACACGAGCGUGACGGUCGGCGGCGGCCCCUGUGAGAUUCAGGAGGUGACGCCGGGUCUCCUCCGCUGCCUGACGCCUCGUCACAGCGAGGGGAUGGUGGCCGCCAUCAUCAGGGUCUUCUCCGUGGAGUACCCUCCCCUCAACUUCACCUACUCCGCAGCACACACUCCUGUCGUCAGCUCCAUCAGCCCCGCUACUGGGCCGAGUGGCUCCGUCCUCACCCUGACAGGUUCAGGGUUCGGGAACCACUCUCACCUCGUGUCCGUCACCAUUAACAACGUCCCCUGCAACGUGUCCGCGGCCUCUGACACGCGGGUCACGUGCACCGCGGGGAACAACCCGGGGGGAACCUACCCGGUCACGCUGCACCACAGGGACAAAGGCCGCGCCCGGUCCGACGUCGUGUUCACCUACGAGCUGAGUCUCAGCGGCGUGCAGCCCAGCGAGGGUAGUUUUGGUGGCGGUGCUCUGCUCUCCGUCCAGGGCUCCGGGUUCGACCCUCAUAACUCCACCGUGCUGAUCUGUGGCGAGGAGUGUGAGGUGAACAGAGAGAUGUCGACGUCGAGCCGUCUGUACUGCGAGUCUCCGCCCAACAACGGAACGCAGGCGGAGGUGAGCUGCGCCGUCGCCGUCAUCAACCCGUCCGACGCCGUCAACGUGUCGAGCGGCUUCACCUACAGGUCUCUGCUGACUCCCGUCGUCUCGGAGGUGUCUCCACGGCGGGGGGGCACGGCCGGAGGCACCCGGCUCACGAUCACCGGCUCCGGUUUCAGCACUAACAUGAACGAAGUCAACGUGACGAUCGCUGGGUCUGUGUGUGACGUCCAGUCGGCCAACAACACGCACAUCGUCUGUGUGACGAACUCUCAGAGAAAGUCUCAGGAAACCAAAGUCAGAGUCAGCAUCGGAGACCGAGGCAUCGCCAAGAUGGAUAAUGCCGACUUCUUGUACAUCGACGUGUGGUCGUCCAGGUUCACGUGGGGAGGCCUGUCUCCACCUGAGAAGGGCUCAUUUGCCGUCAUCACCGAAGGCCAGACCAUCCUGCUCGACACCAGCACCCCUGUGCUCAAAAUGCUCCUCAUUCAAGGUGGGACGUUGGUGUUUGAUGAGGCGGACAUCGAGCUGCAGGCUGAAAACAUCCUGAUCACGGACGGCGGGCGGCUCCAGAUCGGCCAGGAGGGGGCGCCAUUCCAGCACAAGGCCAUAAUCACGCUUCACGGACACCUGCGCUCACCUGAACUUCCUGUUUACGGAACCAAGACGCUUGCUGUCAGAGAGGGAAUACUGGACCUCCACGGUAUUCCUGUUCCUGUCCCCUGGACACAUCUGGCCCAGACAGCGACCAGCGGCUCGUCCACGCUGACCCUGAUGAAGGCAGUCACAUGGAAGGUCGGGGAUGAGAUCGUCAUCGCCUCCACCGGCCACAGACACAGUCAGAAAGAGAACGAGGUGAGGAGGAUCGCCGCCGUGUCGUCCGACGGAAGGACCCUCACCCUGAACGCACCCCUGGAGUACACUCACCUCGGGGUGACGGUCACGCUCCCCGACGGCACCGUGUUUGAAGGCAGGGCCGAAGUGGGUCUGCUCACCAGGAACAUCGUGGUGCGAGGUUCCCAAAACCUAGAAUGGAACGACGAGAUCGAAGCCUGUCCCGCCGGCUUCAACACAGGUGAAUUUGCCACGCAGACCUGUUUCCAGGGACGGUUUGGAGAGGAGGUCGGCAGUGACCAGUUUGGAGGCUGUAUCAUGUUCCACGCACCCAGGCCCAAUGAAAAUCUUGCAAUUGGUCGAUUGGAAUAUGUUGAGAUCUUCCACGCUGGACAGGCCUUCAGGCUGGGCCGUUACCCCAUCCACUGGCACCUGAUGGGAGACGUCAACUACAAGUCGUAUGUGAGGGGCUGCGCCAUCCACCAGACCUUCAACAGGGCCGUGACCAUCCACAACACCCACAGGCUGCUGGUGGAGUCCAACGUCAUCUACGACAUCAUGGGCGGCGCCUUCUUCAUAGAGGACGGCAUCGAGACGGAGAACAUCCUGCAGUACAACCUGGCCGUGUUCGUCAAGCAGAGCACCAGCCUCCUGAACGACGACGUCACCCCCGCCGCCUACUGGGUCACCAACCCGAACAACAUCGUCCGCCACAACGUCGCCGCGGGGGGCACCCACUUCGGCUUCUGGUACCGCAUGCACGACCACCCCGACGGCCCGUCCUACGACGCCAACAUCUGCCAGAAGAGGGUUCCCCUGGGGGAGUUUUACAACAACACCGUGCACUCCCAGGGCUGGUUCGGGCUUUGGAUCUUCCAGGAGUAUUUUCCCAUGAAGGACGGCGGCUGCAACUCCAAGACCCCGGAGCCGGCCGUCUUCCGUUCCCUCACCACGUGGAACUGCGAGAAGGGCGCCGAGUGGGUGAACGUGGGCGCCGUGCAGUUCAACGGCUUCGUCAUGGUCAACAACGAGAAGGCCGGCGUGGAGGGCAAGCGCAUCUUCCGGUGGGCGGUGAGCGGGUUCGGAGAGGAGGGAGGGGCGGCGGUGUCCAACAGCACGAUCGUGGGCCACGUGGACGAGCUCGGGCUCGGGAGCGACUACUGCACGCGCCGGGGCGUCAUCGCGCCGUUCGACGACGGCAUGAGCGUCCUCGACACCAAGUUCGUCAACUUCGACCGCGGCUCCUGCACGGCCAUCGGGGUGACCUCGGUGGACGGGACGUGCGUGGAUCGCUGCGGCGGCUGGCCCGUCAAGUUCGGCGGCAUCCAGUACGUGAACUCGCCCAACAAGGCCGGCUUCAGGUGGGAACACGAGGUGCAGCUGGUGGACACGGACGGCUCCCUCACAGGCACCGUCGACCACAAAGUCGUGCCCAUGAGCGCCCUGCUGGACCCCGCUCACUGUAAACAGAGUGACGAGUGGAGUGUGGGUUUCCCCGGCGCUGUGUGCGAUCACACCGUCAACUUCCACCGUCUGGCUUUCAACAAUCCCACACCGAAUUCUCUGAAGGCCAAAGAUGUCAUCUUAACCAACUCACAUGGGAGCAGUGUUGUCCCUUAUCUGAAGAAGAGAAUGACCCAUAAGUUGGGCUGGAUGGCCUUGCUGCCCUCUGGACAAACCUACAACUGGUACUUUGAGAACAUGGAUCACAUCACCAACAUCACUUAUAGUGCAAAGUUCUACGGCUUCAAGACGGAUCAGUACAUCAUCAUCAACCACAACUUCACCCAGAGUCCAGACAGCUUCCGCAUCACUGACAUGAGGAACGGCUCGACGGCGCCGCUCAGCUUCAGCAACAACGUCAACGGAGACUGGUUCUUUGACGAGGCCACCAACAACCUCUACUACAUCAUGUCUGGAAAGAAGAGCCAGCGCAGGCGCCGCAACAGCGUUGAUCGCUCCCUGACCGACGUGGCGAUAGAUUUCGCCGUCUACCGCUGCUUCUUCCCCAAGUGCAUCCCUCCGCCUCCGGCCACGCUCGCCCCCCUGCCCAGCCGCCGGCCGGACAACUUCAUUCGGUGGUCUGAUGCUUCGUUCUGGGAAGGCUCAGCUGAAAACAACUUCACCGUACCAAAAGAGGGCGCUGACGUGGUCAUUCCAUCAGGUCAGUGGGUCGUCUUGGACAGCGACACUCCUCCUCUCAACAAGCUGACCGUCGUCGGAGUCCUGGAGAUCCCCGACACCAUGAACAGCUCGUCCACCAGACAGACCCGGUCCACACCCGAGUACAGGACGGUGGUGAUCGACGCCGUGUACGUCUCCAUUCAGGGCGGCAGGCUGAUUGCAGGAUGGGACGACGAGCCGUUCAGAGGUCAGCUGCACAUCAAGCUGAGAGGGAACCACCGCACUCCUGACUGGUCGGUGCCGGGUGGACCCAACCAGGGAUCCAAGGUCCUGGGUGUGUUUGGUACCCUGGAGCUCUAUGGACAACCCCACAACGUUUAUCACACCAAACUUGCUGCUACAUCUGUGGCUGGAUCCACAACUCUGACUCUGCAGAAAUCCGUCGACUGGCAGGUUGGAGACGAGGUUGUUAUCUCCACCUCCAGCUACGACGCACAGGAGACAGAAAAACGUCAGAUCACCUCGGUGUCAGCGAACGGCCUCGUCCUGACCCUGAACCAGCCUCUGGCCUACACUCACAUCGGUGAGACUCACUCCGUGCCAGGUACGUCUCUCUCCUACAUGCUGGCCGCUAAUGUCGGCCUCCUGACCAGAAACAUCAAGAUCAUCGGUGAAGAGUAUCCAGACAUGAAGGCCGAGUCGUACGGAGCCAGGCUGCUGGUCGGCGCCUACUCCUGGGCAGGAAUCGACUAUAAAGGCAAAGCUCAGAUCAGGAACGUGGAGUUCUUCCGCUCUGGUCAGGAGGGAUGGACCGACUACACCGACCCUCGCUACUCUGUGGCCUUCCUCAACCUGGGAAAGGUCUCAGAGGACGAGUCCUACCUCCAGGGCUGCGCCUUCCACGACGGCUUCUCUCCGGCCAUCGGCGUCUUCGGGACAGAAGGACUGAACGUCGACGACAACAUCGUGCACCACACUGUGGGAGAAGGAAUCAGAAUCUGGGGCGAUAAGAUCACGGUGAGGAGGAACCUGGUGAUGAUGACGCUGUGGCCGGGAUCCUACCAGGACAGAGAGGAGCCCUUCAACUACGACUGGAACGCUGCCAUCGAGGUCAACGAGGGGACGAACGUCGUCCUGCAGCACAACAUCGUGGCCGGAUAUGAGAGAGUGGCUUAUCGCAUCGAUGGUGAACCGUGCCCAGGCACUUUGAAUGAGAACGAGGAGUGGACUCAGAACGAGGCUCACGGAGGUCUCUACGGGAUCUACCUGAACAAAGACGGGCUGCCGGGCUGCAGCUUCAUCCGGGGAUUCUUCAUCUGGAGGAGCUUCGACUACGGCAUCUACUUCCAGACCAUCAUGAGAAUCGUCGUUUCCAACGUGACUCUCGUGGACAACGGGAUGGGCAUCAUGCCGCUCAUCUACGCCCCUCCCUCCGUCACCCACGCCUACGCCGAUAAACCGCUAGAAUUUAAGAAUGCCUUGAUUGUUGGCAGCAGCCCGAACUUCAACUGUUCAGACACGCUCCCCAGCAGCGACUUCAACACGGCCAUCACCUCCGGCCACAGAGCCCCCAGACCCCUCAAAGGAGGCAGAUCUGGAAUCUCUUGGCCCAAUUUCGCAUCCGGACACAACACGGCGCCGAUGAAGCCUCAUCACCUGAACAUGAACUACAACGCCAUCAAGGGGCUGAUGAAAGUCACAGACACGACGUUCGUCAACUUCCGAGACGUCUGCUCCGGGGAGACCAACGUCAUGUUCAUCACCAACACGCUGAACGAGGACCUGCAGCACCCGCUGGAGGUGUCGGGAAUAAAGAUGGUCGACAGCACGGAGGCGGCGAAAGUCUUCAUUCACAGGGCGGAUGUGGGUAAAGCGAACCCGUCUGACUGCGUGGACAUGGACUGCGACGCCAAGAAGAAGACGAUGCUGAAGGACCUGGACGGGUCGUUCCUGGGGGCGGUGGGAGCUGUGGUGCCGCAGUCCGAGUACGAGUGGGGGGGAGAUGCCAGGAGGGGGGUGGGCGACUACCGCAUCCCCAAAGUCAUGCUCACCGCCCUCAACGGGAGCCGGAUCCCCGUGGACCAGAUCGCUCCACACAAAGGCGUGAUCAGGAAAAACUGCACCUACGUGAGUUCCUGGCAGAGCUACAAGUGCUUCGACCUGAACUACAGGAUGCUGGUGAUCGAGAGUCUGGACUCGGACACUGAGACCAGACGUCUGUCCCCCGUCGCCGUCCUCGGAGACGGCUUCGUGGAUCUGAUCAACGGUCCUCAGGAUCACGGCUGGUGCGCCGGCUACACCUGCCAGAAGAGAGUGUCCCUCUUCCACAGCAUCGUGGCCACCGGCCGCUCCUUCGACGUCUACUUCUCCAGCGUCAGCCCCCAGAAGCUUCGCCUCAUGAUGCUCAACGCUGAACCGUCUGAGGGCGUCGUGGUGUCAGUGUUUUACUCCAAGCCUCAGCGGUUGGACGUGUACGUCGACAACACUCUGGUCCCGCCGACGAACGCCGAGUGGAACGCUGAGCGGACUGACUACAUCCUAAAGAGGCCGCUGUACGCAGGUCAGUACGUCCCUCAGGCCAACGCCACCAUCGGCACCAACUUCUUCGACCAGGACUACAAGAUGCUGAGCGUCGUGGUGAGAGGCUCCGAGCCGGUGGAAGUCCGGACGGCCCCGGUCCUCGUCGUGGCCUUCGACAUGCCCGCCAUGACCGAGGACGAGUUCUUCGGCGAGAACCUGAUCCAGAACCUCGCCGCGUUCCUCAAGGUUCCCCCGGGGAUGAUCCGCAUCACCAAGAUCGUCAGGGAGGACGGAGGCGCGCGGCGCAGGAGGAGGAGGUCCACGGGGAUGACGGUGGAGGUGGAGAUCAAGAAACCCCCGGUCCAACAAACCACCAACAGCAGCAGCAAUGAGGAGGACUUUGAGCUGCUGAAGAACAUCGCCGACGAUCUGGGCCAGGCUGCCGUCUCCGGGAACCUCAGCCAGUCCAUCGGCUUCAACGUCACCUCCAUGGGCAUCAUCCCGCCCCCGCCCUCGUCCUCAGACCCCGACUGGAAGGAGCUGGCGACGGAGGAGGUGACGAGGGAGGAGCCCACGGCCAACUACGUGUCCAGCGUGUCCAGCCUGCUGCUCAUCACGGAGCCGAUAGCCGGCGAGUACGUGGGUCCUCUGCACCAGCAGCCAAGUCUCAUGGCUGUGGAUGAACAGGGUAACUGCGUCUCGGUGGGAGUGACGACUCUGACGGUCACAGCCAGUCUGAAGGACUCGGACGGAAACAGCAUCGAUGGGCUGGAUGGAAACACCACCAUCCUGUUCAGCUCCUGCUGGGCCAACUUCACCGGCCUGUCUCUUCUCAACAGCGGAGAGAACCUGACCAUGGCCUUCGCUCUGAACGACUGGGGCGCCGAGUCCAGGUCCUUCUCCGUCAAGAACACCCCCAGCACCGCGCCCCCGACGGCCAACGCCACCGCGCCCGUCACCCCCACCUCCAGCCUGACCUCGACCCCGGACGGCAGCAUCUUCAGCUCCAGCAGCGCGGUGUCCGCCGGCAGCCUGUGCGUGGUCAGCGUCAUCUACGCCGUGGCCUGCUGCUCAGACAGCGUCCCCAUAUGUUAGAGCUCGGCUGUGAAGGGCUUCAUGAAGGAUACCUCACAUUAUAUUCACUUUAACUCGAAGGAAUCUCCAAAGUCAAGUGUGAAUGUUUAAAGCACGUGAUGGGUUUUUAUUUUCUGGGUCUUUUUUUGUUGUUGUUGUUGUUGUUGACAGACUCCCUCUGUAUUUAACAGGUGCAAUCGAGAGUUUCACUCUGAAGGAAAAGUUGAUGAAUGAAUGAAGUUUUGUUAUUGUCAUGAAAAUAAAACAUGUACAUUUUAAUUAUAGUUUGAAACUGAAACUUCAUGGUUUUUCAUCAGGUGUUUCAUCGUUAAUCCAAUUAAUUCCAGCUAAUGUCUAAGGCUGAUUAUAUUCACUUUAACUUUUUGUUUUCCUGGGUCUUUUUCAUUUUAUGUGCUAACAGAUCAAGGUACAAGAGCCAUACGCAGACUCCCUCCAUAUUUAACAGGUGCAAUAGUGAGCUUCAGUCUGAAGGAAAAAAUUAUGAAUGGAUGAAGUUUUAUUGUUUGAAACUGAAUUCUCUUUUCAAUAAAUUCUAUUUUUCUCGGUUA